AUCAGAGUAAGUCGUCAGGCAACGAUCAUAGUGACAAUAAAACGAAGAGUUCAGAAUGUCCACAAUCGUACAAAAAGGACAAGUAAGUAUAAGAAGUACUGAUCAUCUCAAUGGCUGACAAUGUGCGUAUUGUUUAGUGGGGAGCUUAGCUACCAAGAAUACACCCGGGACCCGGGAGAGAUACACCUCUGUGGAGUACAGCAAGUCGUCAUUACUACCAUUCGCGCAACUGAUCUCACUCUUGGUCUCCGACGGAUCCCCGCUGGCUUCCAUGUGGUGGUCAAGGUUGACGGUGCUGAAUAUCGGACGAGUAAUAAAUCUAUACAUGUAGACCAGUCUGUGGUCGAAUGGCAUGAGCACAUUCUUUUGCCAUGCGAGUCAUCUUCUAAAGUUUGGGUCAGCGUGUAUGCCUCAUUUGAAUUGAAUCCCAUACUCUGUCACGGAGAAUGCCUCCGCACAUUCGAGAUUUCCGUCGGAGAAUUACUGGAUCGCAGCGAAAAAUUGCAUCCCAUAAUCUUCCAGCCAAAGCAGGAGGAAAUCGUAUCUGCUUGUACUUCGGUGUUCAUGACAGCGGAGCAGCGACUUUCCGAUCAAAAUGUCGCCCCAGUUCUUUGCUCCCUUACUAUCCUUACAUCUCGCGAUAUGAAUGCGUUAGCACUAAGGACGGAUGCUGGAUAUCGUCUUCUCGCACGACACCGCAGGACGCAGAACAGAAGGGAUCUCGACCAAUCCAUAAAGCACUUUGAACGUGCCUCGGAUCUCUGCCCUGUGGACCAUCCCUACCGCCCUGCAGCACUGUUUAAUCUAGCCACCGCCAAGUUUGCUAGUUUCCAAGCUAACGGAACAUGCCUCGACCUCGACAUACCUAACUCUCUUUUUCAAGACGCACUUGAUUUGCGUCCCAUUGGUCAUCCAGACCGACCCAUCACCCAACUUCGUCGUGCAAUUUUUCUGUUGUUUCUCUUUGCAAAACGGGGAUUUCAAUCGGAUGCCGAUGCGGCUAAAGAGUUACUGAGCGAAAUCCUCAAUGUCUGCCAUGGCAAUAGCCACAUUUACAAAGCAGCCCUGAUUGUAAUCGAAAAAUUCGCUCUACAUCCUACUGGAAGCAUUGAUGAAAAUGAUCUUGGGCAGGAGUGGCCCGCAUCAUCCAUGCUUCCGUUAUCGCUGAAUCAUCUUUUUGAUCGAGCAGAGCGAUGUUUGCAUAGGGAUGAACCUCGUGCCUUAGAUGAAGUUAUAUGGCUUCAUUAUGAUGCACUGAGAUACUACAACACUAGGCAUCCUUGCCGGGGGAAAUUGCUAGGUAAUCUGGCUGUAAUACUACAAACUCGCUUCGAGCGUCGAUGUAAUGAGAAGGACUUGGAUCAGGCUAUAGCACUCCAGACGGAAGCGCUGGCUCUGUGGCCGGUCGAUCACAUAGAUCGAUGCGGGUCAUUGAAUAACCUUGCGAAUCAACUAUCCACCCGCUUUCGCCACCGAGGCGACGACGAAGACUUAGAUCAGGCCAUCGCGCUUCAGACGGAAGCGCUGUAUUUGCGCCCAGCCGGUCAUGCAGAUCGAUCCUUGUCAUUAAAUAACCUUUCCACUCAACUCUCCACCCGCUUUGACCACCGAGGCGACGACGAAGACUUGGAUCAGGCUAUCGCACUUCAGACGGAAGCGCUGUAUUUGCGGCCGGUCAGUCACGCAGAUCGUUCCUUGUCAUUAAAUAACCUUGCGACUCAACUCUCAACUCGCUUCGAUCACCGAGGCGACGAUGAAGACUUAGAUCAGGCCAUCGCGCUUCACAGGGAAGCGCUGGCUCUGUGCCCAGUCGGUCACACAGAUCGGUCCAGGUCAUUGAAUAACCUUGCGACUCAACUCUCUAGCCGCUUUCGUCACCGAGGCGACGGUAAAGACUUGGAUCAGGCUAUCGCACUUCAGACGGAGGCGCUGUAUUUGCGCCCGGUCGGUCAUGCAGAUCGGUCCUUGUCAUUGAAUAACCUUGCGAAUCAACUAUCCACCCGCUUUGACCACCGAAGCAACGAUGGAGACUUGGAUCGUGCUAUUGCACUUCAUGAGGAAGCACUGGCUCUGUGCCCAGUCGGUCACACGGAUCGAUCUAGGUCAUUAGAUAACCUUGCGAUUCAACUUUCCACCCGCUUUCGUUACCGAGGCAACAACGAAGACCUGGAUCAGGCUAUCGCACUCCACAGAGAAGCACUGACCUUGCGCCCGGACGGUCACACAGAUCGGUUCAGGUCAUUAAAUAACCUUGCGACUCAACUUUCCACCCGCUUUGACCACCGAGGCAAUGACGAAGACUUAGAUGAGGCCAUCGCGCUUCACGAGGAUGCGCUAGCUCUGUGCCCGGUCGGUCACACAGAUCGGUCCUUGUCAUUGAAUAACCUUGCAAUUCGAGUUUCCACUCGCUUUCGCCAUCGAGGCGACGACGGAGACUUAGAUCAGGCUAUCGCACUUCACCGAGAAGCACUGGCUUUGCGCCCGGUCGGUCACACAGAUCGGUCCAGGACAUUAAACAACCUUGCGACUCAACUCUCCACCCGCUUUGACCACCGAGGCAAUAACGAAGACUUAGAUCAUGCCAUCAGUCUUUACAGAGAAACGUUGGCUCUGUGCCCGGUCGGUCACACAGAUCGGUCCAAGUCAUUAAAUAACCUUGCGACUCAACUCUCCACCCGCUUUCGCCGCCGAAGAAACGACGAUGACUUAGAUGAGGCUACCGCGCUUCAUGAGGAUGCGCUAGCUCUGUGCCCGGUCGGUCACACAGAUCGGUCCAAGUCAUUAAAUAACCUUGCGAAUCAACUCUCUACCCGUUUUCGCCACCGAGGCAACGACGAAGAUUUGGAUCAGGCUAUCGCACUUGAUAGAGAAGCACUGGCUUUGCGUCCGGUCGGUCACACAGAUCGGUGCGGGUCAUUAAAUAACCUUGCGCAUAAACUCUCCACCCGCUUCAGGCACCAACACAACAGAGAGGACCUCAACGAGUCGCGAGAGAACCUACGUUAUGCAUUGACUCUGUUGAAUCAGCAUGAUCCUCGUCAGACAGUUGUUCAUGCUUUGCUGGCUAGGGUUUAUCUGUUGUUCCAUCAUUCAGGGCUUGACGCUGCUGGCGCGGGCGAGGAUACGGAUAGUUUGAAUGUUGCCAUGCAUCAUAUCAAAGCAGCAGCAAAUGUUGUCUCUGGAGGUUUACUUUCCCGCCUGCGAGCAAGUCUAUUCUGGGUCCGCCAUUCUGAUAAGCACGGACAUGGUACUCAGCUGGAGGCCUAUGCGACUGCCAUGCAACUUCUGGACGCUUAUAUGUCCACAACAGCUUCAGUAUCGUCUCGUCAUAUGGCCAUGAAGAACUUCCCACGUACACUUGCUGUGGAUGCUGCAUCAUGUGCUAUUUGUAGUGGUGACGUGUGUCGUGCUGUUGAGUUGUUGGAGCAAGGCAGGACUGUCAUAUGGACCCAGAUGACGCGACUCCGCACCUCUCUUGACAUCCUCCAGACUCGUGGUGAUCAUGCAGUGGCCCUAAUGAAGAAAUUCAGAGACCUCAGCUCUCUCCUCGAUAAACCUCCUGCGGAUCAUGCAGAAGCAACCCCAAGAGUCGAUAUAGAAGCAGAGGAAACCCGGUACAGGCGUCUAGUGCAGGACUGGAAUGGAACUGUAGAAGAGAUCCGGAAGAUCGAGGGCUUCUCUCGCUUCCUCCUUCCACCCAUAUUCUCCGAUCUUCAAGAUGCAGCUCGUGAUGGACCUAUUGUCGUGCUCAUCGCAAGCAAGUCGUCCUGUAACGCCAUUAUCAUCACGCACAAGCAACCUCCAACUAGCAUGCAACUUUCUACCGAUUUGCAAAAACUCACCAAAUUGGUACUCGCUUUCCGAGUGGCAGUUGAAAAAGAGGUCGGUCCCAAAGGGAACCAAACAGCGCUGAUAAAAGCUUUGAGAGAGUUGUGGGACCUCGUCGUCGGCCCAGUCGUCGAGAAUCUAGGCGGAUUUGCACGACCAGGUUCCCGAAUAUGGUGGUGCCCGACGUCUGUCUUCAAUUUCUUGCCGUUGCAUGCUGCUGGCGAGUACAAGCAAAAGGGAAAAUCCCUUUCGCAGCAGUAUAUCUCUUCAUACACGCCAUCGCUCACCGCGCUGAUAAAGGCCCGCGGAAGUCAUGAGAAGUCCUUGUCGGUGCCCUUCGUUGCCAUUGGUCAGGAUCGCCCAAAUGGUGUCUCGUUCACUUUGGAUGCUGUGGAGUCUGAGCUGGAGUUAGUGCGGAGACUUUUGCCCCCUCUCCCUACUGCUUCCUUCUCCAAGAUCACCAGUAUUGAUGCCACGAAAUCGAGAGUACUACGUGCGUUGCGGGACAAUACUUGGUUCCAUCUCGCAUGUCACGGGACACAGAGAUUUGACGAACCCUUCGAGUCAGCCUUUCUUAUGCGCGACCAACGGCUUUCGCUUCUCGAUAUUACACAAAUGGAUCUGUCUCGGCAUCAAUUUGCAUUUCUUUCUGCCUGUGAAACUGCACCUAGCGGCUGGUUUGCAAUUCGCCGGGGUUAACAGCGUCAUUGGGACAUUAUGGAAGGUCAACGAUAAUACUGUGGAGCGCUUAGUUAAGGCAUUCUACAGAAAUUUUUGUGGGGAUGGCCCAAUGAACUCCAAACGAGCUGCCUGGGCGCUGCACCGCGCAGUCCAGUCAUUGGCUCAUGACACGGACAUGCCCUUGGACCAACGCAUCGUGUUUAUACAUAUUGGCAUAUGAUAAAUUCCGUGCGUCCU